AUGGCGGAUCCAAUUGCACGACGCAUCACGGGCUUCCCGCCGCCGGCCCCAGAUGCACCCAAGCGCAACCCUCCGGUCCUCACUCGCGACGAGAUUGAAGCCCUCAUCGCCGAAGGACGCCAUGUGUUCAUCCUCCAUGACCAGGUCAUCAAGGCCGACGGGUGGAUGAAGUACCACCCUGGAGGGGACUUGGCUAUCCGGCAUAUGGUUGGGAAAGAUGCCUCGGACGAAGUUGAUGCCUAUCAUUCGCUUGAGACCAGGCAGCAAAUGCUGCGCUAUCGAAUUGGGCGCAUCGAAGGCGGCUGGAUCAAUUUCGUCCCUCCCUUCCAAGGGGGUGUCUUCCGAACCCGAGUCGAGAUCGAAGCCGAUUCCCAGAAGAUUAGACCUGCUGUGGACAAACCUAGCUCUGUGACAACCUCCUCGAUCAGUGAUCAGGAGGAGACACAGGAGCUUCGGAACCGAUCGAGCCCCAAGAUCAGUCCCAGCGAGCAGGUUGAGAAAGGCGCUCCCGUAGCAGCACCAUUGGAUGGAAUGUCAUACCUAGAUACCAUCACGCACGAGUACACCACCCUUGACCUGGAGAAAUACCCUUCUCCCGAUCACCUCACGCAGGCCAAGGUCGCAGCCAAGUAUCGUGAGCUCCACAAUCGAGUCUACAAUGAAGGGUUGUACGAAUGCAAUUACUGGACGUCGUAUGGAGUAGAAUGCUGCCGAUACAGCGUGUUCCUCCUCUGCAUGGGCCUGGCCUUUUACUUCAAGUGGUACUACGCUGCUGCCUUUUGGCUCGGAGUAUUGUGGCAUCAGCUGGGUUUUGUUGUACACGAUGCCAGCCACAUCUCCAUCACACACUCGUUCCAGUUCGACAGCGUCCUCGCAAUUUUCAUCGCCAAUUUCCUCGGCGGUCUAUCAGCAGGUUGGUGGAAAUGGAGCCACAACGUCCACCAUAUUGUGACAAAUGCGCCUGAGCACGAUCCUGAUAUUGAGCAUUUGCCGAUUUUCGCUGUUUCUCAUCGACUUCUGUCCAACCUCCGGUCUACGUACCACAAUAGGAUUAUGAGAUACGAUGCAAUUGCCAAAGUCCUUCUCCGGGUCCAGGCUUGGACUUACUACCCGAUUCUCUCCCUAGCCCGUUUCAAUCUCUUCUUCCUCUCGUGGGAAUACCUUCUGUCCGGUCGCGGCCCCAAGAAAGGUCCUGCCGGCUGGUUCAGGCAUCUGGAAAUCUUUGGCCUGCUUUUCUUCUGCUUCUGGUUCGGCUACGGUAUCCUCUACACUCUCCUGCCGGACCUCAAGACGCGACUGCUCUUCACCCUGAUCGCCAACGUCGUCGCAUCUCCGCUCCACCUGCAGAUCGUCCAGUCUCAUUUCGCGAUGAGCACAAUGGACCUCGGGCCCGACGAGUCAUUCCCCCAGAGACAGCUCAGGACCACGAUGGACAUUGACUGCCCCGAGUGGCUCGACUUCUUCCAUGGCGGGCUUCAGUUCCAGGUGAUCCACCACCUGUUCCCUCGCGUCCCCAGGCAUAACUUGCGAGCCACCCAGAAGCUAGUGCAGGAGUUCUGCAAUGAAGUGGGCAUCCCAUAUGCGCUCUACGGGUUUGCAGGGGGGAACAAGAAGGUUAUUGGGCGAUUGGCUGAGGUUUCGAGACAAGCUGCGAUCCUGGCAAAAUGUCAACAGUCGAUUGUGGAGAACGGAAAUUGGUCUGGGGUGAAUAUGCAUUAG